GCCAGGGAGGAGAAGCGAUUCAAGGAAGAGCUGGAGGCUUCAAGGAGGGAGGUGGAAGAAAGGGAGAAUGCCUUGGAGAUGAUUAAGAAGGAGAAGGAAAAGGCUGACACCAAGGCUCAAGACCAAGAUGAACAGAUCCUGGCCCUGAAGGCCCGUCUCCAAUCUGAGGAGGUCCAGAUGCAGAACGAUGCCGCGGGAGCCGCGUUUGCUCUGCAGCCUGUCUUGAAUGACCUGAAGGACAGAUAUAAGAGAUACAAAAACAAAUAUGACCUGGCUCGGAUAGAGAAAGAGAACCUAACAAGACGCCAGGAGCAGUGGAAGCAGCAGGAGCAGGACCUGAGGAGAGAGGUGGAUGACCUGAAGGCCAGGCUUAAGAUGGGGGCAGAUGAAUACAAGGCACUCCACAUCCAGUACCAGAAAGCAACCAAGAAACUCGCUGCAAAAGAACCAAAAGUGGAGAAGAAGGCACCACUGGUGGAAGAGGUGCUGACGGAGGUCGCACAACAAUUGAAAGCCACAGAGCUGGAUGCUGCCUCACCAUCAGCAGCAGCAGCAGAGACCAGAGCAGACCAAGGUGGGGACUUUGAAGUGGUCACCAGUAUACCAACCAGUAGCUUGUCCAUUGAAGAACUGCAGGCUCAGUUUGAUGAUUUGGGACAAGAAUUGGAAAAGAGGACCAUGAAGAAAAAGAUGUACAAACAGAAAUUCUUGGAUGAGAGAGAGAAGAAUGACUUCCUGCGUAAGCACUAUGAGGAGGAGCUUCAAAAGAAAACAGCACUGAUUUCUGAUUUGAAUGGCAAAAUUGAAGCCCUGGAAAAAGAUAGUGCUGGAAAUGAAAAGAUGUUGGCGGAAGUGUGCAAUAAACAAAAACUGGAAAUAACUCGUCUAAGUGGGAUGCUGGCUGCAGAAAGAGGCAACAAGACCGCCAGUUACGCCUUGCCACCAGAUGGCUUGCCCAGCCCAGCAACGCCACCUGUGAUAAUGGAGUAUGGGAACCCCUACGCACCUGUUCUCCCUCCAGCCCUUUCGCCAGAAAUAAGGCACCCUGCCAUGGGCAAUCCUUUGUUAGCCGCAGAGAGCACCCUUUUGGACCCGCCCAUGAAACCCGAAAUUCUGCCCUCGGCCAAGGUGGCUGCCGUCAUGGCCGUUCACAAAAAAGAGAGUAGCAGUGAAAAUUCCUCAUCAAGUUCCACAACAGAGGGCGACGACUUUCCUACAGAACAGGACCUGGUGGCGCCCCCUGCUGAGGAGCCCAGCAAGAAGGAUCAAACGGCAGAGGAGGCUGACACACCAGACGGAGAGGAAGAAAAGUAAACUUUUUAUGUUCAUUGUCAUUG